AUGGCUUCACCACGUCCCGCCCACGCAUUUAACAACCCUGGUUAUAAUCUUUCCAACGGCUCCACGAGCGGCCCGACCCCAGGAGCCACUGCGUUGCUCCCGAAUAAUGGCAGAGUUAUCCAGACUGGCGGUGUGCGAGUGCUUUGCGUUGCAGAUGUAAGAGGAAACUUGAAGUCUCUCAAUGAACUUGCUAGGCAUGCUCGCGCGGAUCAUAUUAUCCAUACAGGUGACUUUGGCUUUUAUGAUGAUAGCUCUCUAGAGAGAAUUGCUGAUAAGACCUUGAAACACGUCGUGCAAUACUCUCCCCUUCUCCCAGAGGCAAUCAAGAGAAGCAUCGCCCAAGUCCCCCCCCAGCAAUCCAUCAAACAACGUUUCAGCCCUGAACAGCUCCCCCUCUCCGAACUCCCUCUACUGCUUAACAAGCAAUUGACCCUCGAUGUUCCCGUAUAUACAGUCUGGGGUGCUUGUGAGGAUGUUCGGGUGCUGGAGAAGUUCCGAUCUGGUGAAUAUAAAGUGGACAAGCUACAUAUUAUCGAUGAAUCUAGCUCGAGACUACUAGAUAUUGGCGGAGUGAAACUGCGCCUGCUGGGUCUUGGGGGUGCGGUUGUUAUGCAUAAACUGUUCGACAAUGGAGAAGGAAAGACGACGAUUGCAGGCGGGCAGGGAACGAUGUGGACUACGCUAUUGCAGAUGGGUGAAUUGGUCGAUACUGCUAAUCGCGUCUAUGAUCCGUCAGAGACACGCGUUUUCGUCACGCACGCUUCCCCGGCUCGUGAGGGCAUGUUGAACCAACUCUCUGUUACUCUCAAGGCUGAUUUUUCGAUUUCGGCCGGGCUGCAUUUUAGAUACGGGAGUUCAUAUAACGAGUUCAGCGUCAACCCUACUCUGGACCAUUAUCGUGGCAAGCUGGCGGCUUCCAAGGCCUCCUUUAAUGAUGUGUGGGACACGGUUAAGGGUGAAGUCGAGACCGCUAUUAAUGCCAACGAGGCUCAGAGAACCCUACUAGACAAUGCGUUAAGUAUCGUCGAGAAGAUGCCAACAAUUGCAAAUGGUGGCAAUCCUUUUGGAGGUCCUGUUGCGGCAAGCAACGCUGGUGGCCAAGUAGACGAGAGCGCGUUCAAAAAUAUGUGGAAUUUCAAUCUGGCAGAUGCCGCUUUCGGAUACCUUGUUCUGGAAAUCGAGGGUGGACGAAUCGGAACAGAAAUGCGUGCUCAGGGCUUCAACUUCGCUCAUCGUGCUGGGAAGCCAUCAACGAGCUCUGCACCUAUAACUCAACAACCUGUCGCUAUGUCGGGUCUUCCAGGCGGCCCCGGUGCGUCUGGCGCUGCCCCUAGUGCUCCAUCUGGGGCCCAACCGAGAUCCGCUGGCGGAGUUUCCCAAUUUGGUCAAGCUCCAGUCCCAAACCGCACCACAGCACCCACGUAUCAACAGCAAAACCAGGCUCCAUCUCAAAACAAGCCCGCGGGACCACUUCCUCCUAAAACCACCAUAUCACCGGCCCCGGUAAUUCCAAACAACAAAGCUAAACCCGCCACGCCUCAGCCCGUGGGUGCUCAGGUCAACGUUCCCAGCGCGACAGACAAGGCCAACGAGUCCAACGGCACCGUCCUCGGCGAGCGGACGGAUUCAAGAACUAGCACCGGACCUACUGAGCGCAAGCCAAGCAGUGGCCUAUUUAUUUCCAACGUCGACUCUGAACAAGCGAUCCGUGACCUAUUCCCCGAGGAAGACAAGUCCAAGAUCCUAAAGGUGGAGAAAUGGGGUAAAUUCAACCACGUCGUCACCUUCUCAACACCCGAGGAAGCACGUGUGGCUCUCGAACGCCAGCCGCCUGAACACAAGAAACCAAGCCCACCAGGCCCCAAUCGUAAGCCGAACGUGAAAAUGUUCGAGGAUCGGGGAAGUCGGCGGGAUCGCGAUGGGCAAGGCGGAAACGCAGGGACGUGGCAGGCUAGUAAUCGUGGUGGCCCGGCCGGGGGAAUUGGGCAGCGGAGCGGGUAUCAGAGCGGUAGUGCGACGAGCGAUGGUGAGAGUGGACGGGGGAGAGGUGGUGGGUAUGGUGGGAGGGGCCGAGGCGGGAGAGGAGGUGAUAGAGGUGGACGGGGUGGUAGCGGCGGUGGAAGAGGGGCGCGGACUGGAGGGUAUGGUGGUGCCGGUGGGCCUGGGAAGGGUGCUGCUGGAGGCGCGGGGACAGACUCUCCAGCGUCUUCUACGUCGACGCCUGUGCCUGCCGGGGAAAAUAAAGGGGGAGCUGGUGGGGAGUAG